UCAACAGACGUGAAUGGAAAGUGGGACUGUUUGGUCCAAUCCGACAUAUGUAUCAGACAAAACAUAGAUGGUCAGCUGGAAUUGCGUUUGGCUUGCGCCUUCAUCCGCUUCGGGUGCUGAAAACUUGAACACCGCAGAAGAUGUCUUGCCUCGCAGACUCACCCGCUUGAGACCAAUCAGCUCAUCGACCUGCCACGGCAGGCAAUACAUAUGCGAGACGAGACACGCACAAAUUCCUGUCACCUACCUCCUCAUCGCCGAGCAGGACCAUCCAACUGUGCGUUUUCGAUUGCUUGCUCAAUGCAGUGAGAGCCAUCUUCGUCGGUCGGUUUGCGUAUUCGAGCCGGACUUUGAUUUCGAGCGACGAAUCUGGAGAGACGUGGUACGGAGGCCUCGAGAGCUGGCCCUCGCAAAACAACUCAACGUGAACUCGAAGCCGCGGUAGCUGCCCUAUGCCCUGAAAAGACUCAACAGUGUGCCGUGCCACCAAAGAGGACAUGCACUUUGAGUGAGUGACCUUGCAAGCAUCUGUGACUUGCUCCGAAGUUAGCCCCGGACGUAAUGUCUGGAGUGCUUCACGUUGCUGUUUUUGCUCCAUCUCAACCAUCUAUAUAGAUGACAAAAACAGAGGGGCAGUGAAUUAGUUGUUAACCGUGUCAAUUUGCUCGCCUUGGCAAGACUGAUUCCUCCUGCGUCGAGCUGCCGGAUGUGCUCCUGUCGCAGGUGGGGAAAUGUAUAAAGAGAGGACCGCGCCGGAGUGGUUGCUUGCAUGAGGCAUUGAAGGGCCAGAAUGAUGUUGAGGGAAGAGGUCAGAUGGCCUUCUUCAGCAGCGACGUCCGACAUUCCCUGCAUAAUCCUGAGAGAUUGGUCAAGAAGGUCCGCUAGAUCCGUGUUGUAAUCGGAAAUCGGAAGCAACUCGCAGAAGUUAAAGACAUGCGCCUGAACGAGAAGGAAAGCCUUCAGGUGAGGCGAGUCAGCUGCAGAUAGGUCGGCGUCAAGAGGACAUAGCUCAGCGAGGUCAAAGUUCAGCUUGUCCUCGUUGUGACGCACAGGAAGCUCGGAGUACUCGGCACAGUCGCAAAGGAGCUUCAGAACGUCAGCCCAGCCAAGUCUCUCCUUUCUCCUCAUGCUUCGCUGAAAGAGGGACACGGUCUCAUGCUUCAGAUAAUGAAGCGAAGCAGUUCGGCCGAGUCGUGUCGCCUCAAUCCUCAACUCCGUCCCGUCCUCGGCAAAACUGACGCAGCCGGCAUUCGUCAAGUUGGAAAGACACCCUUCGACGAUGCGCUCAAGGUAGUCAAAGACAUGCUGGCGCAGUGCCCUGCAAAACACGUGUGCUCACGUCAUGACAUGAGUCAGCCCUACCUACAAAACAUUGAAUACCUGGGGUCAUUGCGAUGCUUCUCCAUUUCAAUCGAAGCUUGCGGAUCGUAGUACGCGCUGAAGAAAAGAAGAGACACGAGUUUGACACUUCCCUCAAACACAAAAAGUGUUUUCCUUGCCUGUUUGCCCAUAGACGCCUGAAGAAGUACGUCCAUCUCAGGUACUCCAGCGCUGAGGCCUUCGACGUCACCGUCCCGGCCGCAAUCUCAGCAUUCAGGUGAUCUACAGUGGAAAAUGUGAAGGAUGCGGAUGAAUCGCGUAUUGAGUCUCUUCUAUUACCGGUAAGAUGAUCUGCAAGAGAGGACUCGACCGGAAAGGGUUCAUGCAGAAACUUCCUGCAGAAUCGACAAGGAAACAAGUUCACAGCGCUUUCCAGUCACUUCCGAACAAAUUUCACUUGUAGAAACUUUUCUUUGGUUGGUGGACGAAUAUGCACGCUUGGCCGCUUGUGUCGAACUAAAAGACCGAAAAAACAUAUCGCUGCCGGUGCAGAAGCGCAUGCAAUAACCCAAUCCCUGUGUACCUGAGGUCUUCCGGCGCGUCCGAUCAUUUGCAGGAUAUCGGUGAUUGGCAUGUCGACGUAGCGUUUGAGUUUUCCAUCGUAGUACUCGGUGCCCUUAAUGAUGACCUGCGAUACAUUAGUACAGUAGAUGAGUUGCGAAAUGGCAUGCGCUGACCAGGUGAGCAGGGAAGUUCACGCCUACAAAGACAGCAAAGCCGUAUUUUAGUAAUCGUGCGAACCUUCUCUGGUAUUGGCCUACCCCAUGCCAAUGUCGCGGUUGUCACAAGAAUCUGGAUCUUCUUGUCGGUGAACAGCUCUUCAACAACCUUCCUAUCUUUCUCACUUAACCCUGCGUGGUGUAUUCCUGUGUGAGACGAGAGAAGCGCUUAGCUUUCGACCACGAUAGUUUGAUCAUUCCUACCUAUGCCAUGCUCCAAUGCCUUCUGCAAGCUCUCGUCACGUACCUGGAAAUCACGAGGGAAAACAAAUUUCAUUGCCGUAACCGUUCUUUUCCCUACUCUCGCCCGGUGAUAGUUGUAUUCUUCGUCACUCAUCCACCGGAAGCGGAAGAAGUUCCUCUCGUCGUCAGACCCACACAAUCCAACCAAAUCCAAUGCUGUUAUCCGAGUCUGCCGACGUGACGAGACAAAGAUCAGCACCUGACCAACAAAAGCGGAACAUGACGGUGACGAAAUGAUAACAGUGAUAACGGGGACAACUGGUGCAACAUUACUGGUCGGUCAGGGCUGAGUUCUUUGAUUCGUUGGUAGCAUGGCUUGUUCAUUGUUGCCUGAAAGCAAAGGCAGAUUGAAUAAGUCGCAGUAAUUAGAUCAUUCGCAACCAUUCGUGGACAGUAGUGUUUCUCGCUGAAACCGUCGAUGUGGGUAAUCUGAGGAACAAACGUUGGCAGAGGAUUGCCUGCUGGGUGUUGCCUUUGGAGCUGUGUGUGGAGCUGUACACAGGGAACCGGCCGAACUUCGGAUGGAAAAUUGAACAAUCCAACCGUGCCAAUUCCCAGCCUUUCCAACCAAUAGGGUGAAUUUCACGGAAAACAUCAAGGAAAAGUAUGUGGUCAUCCACCUACCAGUCUGCAAUGUCUUCGGCAUUUGCAAGAGCGGUGGACAGGCCCACGAAACGAAUUGCGUUGUCAGUUUGAGUUGAUAUAUAUCGCAUUCGCGAAACAAUGACCUGUCAAAAAAAGCCGAAAAGCAAAAGCGAACGCCGUCCGUUUUGGCCAGUCUACCUCGAGAACGGGUCCUCGGUCUUGCAUGAAAAAGAAAAGACGCAGAAGCGGCGAUGAAAGGCACCAGUAGGCAUCCAUACGCAUGGCUUCUUAGCCCGUCAAAAAGUUGUUUGCCCACCUUGACCAAGAAGAUGGAUUUCAUCGAUGACGACCAAGCUAACCCUGAAACGACGAAGAACGAAAUGUGCGGUUUUCGAAUGCUCUAGUUCUGAGCAACCUCUGAACGUAGUCGCGAUGUUGCCAUUGUCUGCUGAUGCCGUCCCACUUCUAAAGCCGAAGAAGAAACCUUGCGGAAGGGAAAACGGUUGCGAUGUUGUAUGUUUACUUCUGGUGUCGUGACCACGACGUCGGCCUUGUCGAGUAUACUUAUGUCCGGAGUAAAAUCACCGGUCAACUCGUGGACCUUUUUACCGAGUUGACGAUCGAUUCGUUCGCUCCUGAUAGAAAAAGCAGAAUGUUCACAUGUUGGUCAAUCUUUCAGUCAGCAGACCAGUCCUUCAUGCGCUCUCGUGCAAGAGCCUUUAACGGCGAAACGUAAACGACCUGCGGGAAAGAACAAGAUAGGGAGAAAGAGAGAGAGAGAGAGAGAGAGAGAAAGAGAGAGAGAAAGAGAGAAAGAAAAGAAAAGAAAGAAAGAAGAAGACGAUACUGUGGAAGCUGCAAUAAAGCACUGACCAGGGCCUUUGGAUUGCGCGAAAACACGCGAAACAUUGCGAGCUCUGCCACGAUGGUUUUGCCGCUGCCGGUCGGCGCGCCCAGGAGGAUAUUGUUAUCACUGACGGGAUGAAUACAUCAAUGAGGAAGUACAUCGCUGCUCCCGGUUCUUUGCUCACGUAUGAUACACUGCGUGGAAGACCUGUGACUGGAUCGGGUUAAACGUCGGAAAUCGGAAAAGGCUCUCGUAUGCAGAGUGGUUGAGCGCCGUCACCGGCAAUGGAGUUAAGGGCAACAAAGUCGUCUUGUGACCGAUGCGCGAUGUAUUCGACCGUGGCAGUGUAAAGGUCUUCUCAAACGAUAGGCCCACCCAUCUGAAGGUAAGGCACAACAGACAAUGAGUCAACAAAAAGAAGACCGCAUUUCCUUUUGACCUGUCCGAGACGACUUUGAGUGUGUACUGGAGGGCUUUGUUGUCGGGAACAGGCACUGCAAAACUCAGGCUUUGUUGUUCACUCCUUCCAAUCAAAAAAGAGCACAAUCAAUCAAAAAAGAGCACGUCAAGAAGACACCUUUUUCUCUUACCUAUCCUUCUUCAGCAGAGUGAAAUCCUCUGAAUGCAACCUCUGCGUGCAGCCACCCUCUGCGUCCCAAUACUCAACCCAGACUUUAAAAGGCUCGGCGACGCCACUCCAAGUAUCGGUCCACUUGAAGUCUGCCGUAAUCGUGGCAGUGAUGCGCACGAUGGUCAUCGCGAUUGGUUGCAACUUGACGUCAAUGUUCAGACUGGGAAUCCUGCAGGACAAGACCAACUGCAAUUCGUGUCAGAAACCAACACGGCUGCUGUACCUCCGGGCAUAGUCAAAGACGACUUUCCCAGCUGCAGGAAGAGACAGAACGUUGCCCAGCUCUCCAGCAGUCAUGUCAUGGAUUCUGCGCAGACAGAGCCGCUUCUCUUACAAGAGCAAUCUGUGCCGUUGGUUUCAAACUGACCGGUCAAGGUCUAGUCGCCGGUGCUCAAUCUUAUGGACGAGCUCGUGCUUUAGCAGACCACGCACAUCUUGGAAGGCAGCCAUGCGUGAGUGGUGAGGGUCGAUUGUCGACGGCGAGCAGAAAUGGUGCAAGAUGUGUCUCUCGACCGAAAGGCGCCUUACGGGGAAAGGAACAGAAUUCACGUUGAGAUGAUUGACAGGCUCCCUGGUUCACCUGUCAAUCAUCUUGCACCAUUCCAGGAGCCUCGGGGCAACAUCAAAGUUCUGGACAUUCUCUGUCAGGGUGAUCUCGAACAUAGCUCUCAU